CAUUCAAUUUAAUUUUCAUAUUAUUCAUUAAUUUUAAGUUACAAUUUCUUGAUGGAUUGCAUGUUUUGAAGUGAUCAAUUUUAUUACAUAUAUAGUGCUGUCAAAUAAUGUACCUUCUAUGAAUAUAAGUAAUAUUAAAUAUGAAAUGUAGUUGUUCGUAAUAAAAUAACUGGUACCAUUAUUAACUUAUAGGUACCUAAUAUCACUUAAACAUUGUCUCUAACCAUAUUCUUCUUCGCCAUGUCCGAACCAAAAUCUAAAAAACCAGCUGGUAAAUUGGUACAUUUUUGUUUACUGUAUCAGAGAUUUUAUUAAUUUCUGCAUGGGUGUUAUUACAGAUACGGCAUUCAAACAACAACGACUGCCUGCAUGGCAGCCAAUUCUCACUGCACGGAAUGUAAUGCCAAUAUUUUUUGGAGUUGCAGCAGCAUUUGUUCCAAUCGGUUUAGGUUUGCUGUACCUAACGAAUUCAGUAAGUUAUUUUUAUAUAAUUAUAAACAGGUAAUUAUUAUUCAAACUGAUGAAAUAUAUAUAUUUUCAGGUUCAAGAAUUUACUCUUGAUUACACUAAUUGCACAUCAUCAAAAAGUGAAAUUAGUUGUGCUGAUAUUAUUGGUAGCAAUCGUAACAUGUCUUGUUAUUGUGAAAUGCCUUUCAUAUUAAAUGAAACCUUUGCUGUAUGAUAUACAUUCUUACUACCAACCUAUAUGUUAUAAUAUUUUAACUUUUAUAGCCCAAUGUUUACAUGUACUAUGGAUUAACUAACUAUUACCAAAACCAUCGACGUUACGUGAAGUCUAGGGAUGAUUUUCAGUUGCUUGGAAAACUAAGCAAAACUCCAUCGAGUGAUUGUGCACCAUAUGAUUUUAAUGACAACAAGCCUAUUGCACCAUGUGGAGCUAUAGCAAAUUCAUUAUUCAGUGGUAAAUAUUGAUGAAAGUCAAAAUAAUUGUGACCUAUGAAUCUAUGAUAAAAUAAUACUUUUCAAUUUAUUGGUAAUCCAUUACGCAUAAUACAUUUUUAGUAGUCUUAGACAGUUAAUAUAUUAAAAAUAUAUGUAGUAUAUUUGUAUUUAUAUUUUAUCACUUAUGAAUGGUUUUUACUCAUUUAUACAUUUUAAAAGAAUAAAUAUAAAAUUACUGUGAUGUGUAAAACUGAAGUGUAUUUUGUAUUUCAGAUGAUCUCACUUUGAAGUAUAACGAAAAACAAGUUCCAUUGCUUCGUACAGGAAUUGCUUGGCCAUCUGAUAAGAACAUUAAAUAUCAAAAUCCACCAGGUCAAAUAAAAGAAGGUUAUACAUUUAAAUAUCGUUUUGUAAUUUUGGAACAAAUGCAGUUUAGCUUCCAAGUGAUAUUUUGAAAUUGUUUUUUGUAUUUUGUUAAUAUGUAUUUUUGCAUGCUUAAUUUGAUGGUGCUUUUAAAAAAAGUUGCUCAAACUUCAUUUGGAAGUUAUGGUUGAUUAUUCUAAAAAUCGUGUUUUUGAGUUUAAAAUACCAAAAAAUUAUAUUUUUUCUUGAAAAUGGUAGUAAUUAUAUGCUUAAUAUUUUGGUGGAAUCAGAAUUCACCUAUCGUACUUGUUUUAUAUGUUAUUGUUAAUAAAUCACGUAAAACCUAAUUAUAAUGUUAUUUCAAUCAUUUGCAUAUUAAAGUAAAUCAAAUUUUUUUUUUCAUUCGGUAUGUAAUAACAUAAAGAAGUUUUUGGUGAAAUCAAAGGUAAAAUGUGAUGUUUAUGUAUCUAUAAUAGAAAAAAUAUUUUUCCACUAUUUCUUUCAAACUAAAAAAUAUCAGUUCUGAUUUCACCAAAAACUUCUUUAUGUUAUUACAUACUGAAUGAUAAAAACAAUUUUUUUUUAAUAUGCAAAUGAUUGAAAUAACAUUUUAAUUAUGUUUUACGUAGUUUAUUAACAAUAACAUACAAAGCAAGUAUGAUAGGUGAAUUCUGAUUCCACCAAAAUGUUAAGCAUAUAAUUACUAACAUUUCUAAGAAAAAAAUUUGAAAAAUGUGAUUUUUGGUUUUUUGAACUCAAAAACCCGAUUUUUAGAAAAAAUCAACCAUUUGAAGUUUGAGCAAUUUUUUUUAAAAGUACCAUCAAAUUAAGCAUGCAAAAAUACAUAUUUUGGAAAAAAAAUUAAAAAUAUUGCUUGGGAGCUAAACUGCAUUUAUGUUGUAAUUUUUUCAUAGUCAUAAGUCUCAAAAUCAGUUAUUUUCCUAGAAUAAUAUAUUUGUGUGCAUGUGACAUAUAUAUUUAAUAUAAAAUAGGAUAUUUAGUAAUGUUAGAAUUAAAUUCUAAACCAUCAUUAGUAAAUGUUUUUUUACUGUAGGUUGAAGUAUGCUAGAUUUUACAAACUUAUGGUUAUGAUUUAUUGUUAAUAUUCGUCUAAAUUUUCUGUUUUAUUCUGGUUUAUUUUUAAAUGGUGUAACAUAGUCUAUAUUAAAACAAAGCUAUUUAUCUUGAAUUACGAUAUAUAUAAUAAUGUCAAAAUAUGAAGAAACCACUUUAAUGUUAUCUAAUCUAAUUGAUAACAAUUUUACUCUAAAUAUAUGUGGUUUUUAAAAUGAUAUUUUUUCAAUUAAUUAGUAUGGGUAAACACUUCUUAGAAUUUUUGUUACAUAAUUAUUCAUAAUUUGCAAUUUUAAACAUUUACUUGAGUGUUCUACUCAAAUCUAUGCUCUAAAUAUUUUUAUAGAAUUUUAAUAUUAUUAACUUAAUAAUACAUAAUUUGGUCUAAACAAUAGUAAACGAUAAUGCUAGUACAUAUAUUAGGUUAGGUUUAUCUUAAAUUAUUAUAAAUAUAACAAGUUAGGAAUCAGACUCUGAGAACUAUUAUAUUUAAUAUAAUUAUUAAUUUAAAUUAAAUAAAACAAAAAAUUAUGAUUCCAUAAAUAAUUUUCAUAUAAUUUAUUUAUUUAGUAGUACAUAUUAUGGUAAAUAGUUGACAGAUUAUUUUAAAAAUUAAGUACUUAUUUUUUAAUAUUGCCAUGGCUAGAAUAAAUUUAUAUUUAAUACUUGUAUUUAAAUUAAUAAUAAUAAUAAUUAAUGUUAUAAAUAAUAUAUAUCUUAUUGCCUUGUUAAUUAAAUCAGUAACUGUAACUUUAUACUAUACUCAGUGCCAUGAGGGAGUAUGACUAGGUGGUGACCAAUAUAUGUUCAUUUCAAUGCAUCUCUACUGUAUACAAAGAGCGAACCUUACAUGGUGGGGUAAAUUUGCCUCGGGACUUUGGAGCUAGAUGUGUGUGGUGGUUGUACUCUCUUGUGGCAUCGAGCAUAGUAACUAUAGACAGGCACAUCGGGAAUAUAAAGUGUGUUCUAUACUUAUGUUUAGAAACCUAAACUAUUAUUAAUUAUAAACAUAUUGAGAAACUUUCAUUGUAUACUUUCUACACGAAUGUUGAUUGCACGAUAUGUUAUGCACGUCUUGUGCGAUAAAUGUGGGUUAGACAUUGAUUAAUGUUAUUUUAUGUGCUCUUAUAUUGUAAGUAUAGUUAUGUAUAUGUACUAGUCAAAUACAAUUUCAGGAUAAACUGAACCCUUUACACCAGAUGUGUUUAGCCUUUAAUAUAUAGUCUUGAUAUAGAACAUUAAAUCUAUUUCAUCUCAUUUGUUUUUUUUUUUUUACAAUAAUAAAAAUUAAAAGAGUCAUUUUCAGACGUUAACCCCCUCCCCCCCGAAUAAGAUGGAGUAGCUUGCGGUUGCGGUGGAUACAUUUUUGAUUCCCUAAUUUAAAAUUAUUUCAUAAGCAAUAUAGUAAAAAUUCUACCCUAUUUUAUAUGUCAGUAAAGUAUACUUUAAUAUCUCAUAAUAGUUAACUGUAGUAUACACUAUAUGAUACGACCUAGCGUGCCAAAUUGUCUCCUAAAUAAUACACACGGCCACCCCACCUAUCCCUCCAAUUCCGGGAGAUUAGACCCUCAAAGUCCAGUGGAAAUAGUGGUAAAGGUCAGGUAAUGGGUAGAUUAGUGGUGGAGUAAUUGCCCAGUAAACAAAAGCCUCAUAUUUGAUUCCUGGUUUGAUUACCUGACUUUUAACACUAUUUUCCUGAUGAGACGGCAGCGACAAAUGGCUCACAGGUAGGAAAUUGAACUCCGUUCUCCCACACGACAAGGAAGGAUACUUAGCACUAUUUUAUGUACAUACUAUAUGCAUACAUGGUACACUUAUAUUAUUGUGUUUAUAAAUUGUAAAAUUAAAAAAAAACUAUUCUAAGUAGAGUUCAGUAUUAAAUUGUAAAUGCUUAUUAAGUUAUAUUUUUUUUAAUCUUCUUAAGUUUUAGACAUUGAACUAAAUUAAAAAUAACCUCUCUAAAGUACUAUAUGAAGGCAUCUAAUAUAGAUAUCUGUAUAAAGUUGUAAUACACUUUUCCAAACAAAGUUUCAAAAAAAUUAUGUUAAGGACACAGGGUUGUAUAUAUUUAACAAUUAUUUUAAGAUAUCUUUAUAUGUGAGUACCACUUAAGAUAUGGCUAAACAUAUUUUAUUUUAAUUUAUUUAUAUAUUUGACAAUUAUUUACAUUUGGUUUUUUUCAAUAAAAGUAAAACAUAUAAAUAAAUAAAUAAUUUUUAUAAAUAACUAUACAUUGGCUUCUUUAAUAUUAGAAUAAUAUGAUUAAAAUAGCGUUAUGAUGGAUAAAAUAAAAUUUAAAUCUACGAUUCAUAAAGUACAAUGUAUCAAUAAGAAUUUUAAAUUACGUUUAGUAUGUGUUAAACAGAUAAAUGAAAAUAUUUAUUAAAUAACAUGUAAUUGAGUUUUUAUAAGGCUUACUAUAGUUAAAAAUUAAUUUGGUACUUUAACUGUCUAAAACUAACAUUUUGCCUUACCAUUUUCAAAUAUUAAAAUAGAAUGUAAAUAUUGAUUUAAUUAUAGUUAUAUUGUUAAAAUUUCAAUUUAAAAAUUUAAUUUUUUUUUAGCAUUUAAAGAUUUUGCAAAACCUAUUGACUGGCGUAAGAAUAUAUGGGAAUUAGAUUUGGAGAAUCCAUCAAAUAAUGGUUUUGAAAAUGAGGACUUGAUUGUUUGGAUGCGAACAGCUGCACUACCUGACUUUCGUAAAUUAUACAGGCGUAUUGAUCAUUCAAUAAGUGAAUUUGAAAGUGGUUUACCUACAGGAAAUUACACAUUACUUAUAGAAUAUAGUAAGUGUUAUUUAAUUUGAAAACAAUUUUUACUAACAUAAUUGUAUAUUAUAUAGAUUAUCCAGUUGCGGGAUUUGGAGGAACAAAAAGUUUGAUUUUAUCAAACACUUCAUUUACAGGAGGAAAAAAUUUGUUUCUUGGAUAUGCUUAUAUUGUGGUUGGAUGCAUUUGUUUUUUAUUGGGAUUAUUAUUUUUGAUUAUUCAUAUCAAAUACAAGCCUAGGUAUUUAAAAUUUAUGAUACUAUAAACUAUUAAUUUAAAAAAAUGCAUACAUAAUUUAUGAUAUGGACCCAUAAGGAUUAACUAAUUUAAAAUAUCUAUGUAAAACUAUAAAAAAUAGUGAUAUUCUAGUGUUUUAGCAGUUUUAUAUUUAAAAUUAAAACUAAUAUGCUAAUUAAUUAUGUUUACCCUAAUAUCCAAUGUAUUAUAUAUUUCAGUGUAAACGCAGAUGUUUCAGUUGUCACACCAUCUACGUCAUAUCAGUGAUUCAGAGACUUAUAAUGUUGAAUUACAAAACCUUAAGUUAAUACCUUGAAUACAAUUUUAAAAUCUUGAAUUACUCAGCCAUAGUUUUUAAACAAAUAAUUGAAAUAUAAAAUCUUUAAUUUCAAAAUUGGUUGAAAUAGUUUUUUUUUUAAGGGUAUCCAUUAAAUGGCAAUAUUUUAAAUGAUAAAAAUCUUAAACUAGAAGUUUGUAAACUUCAAAUUUCCAAAAUUAAUAUUUUGUCUUUCAAUUAUUUGAUUGUUUGUUAUUGUAAUUUGAGAUAUCAAUAUUUAAAGUUUAGAAGCUCACGUUUUGUAAAAGAUCUCUGUGAUCAAGCACAAUUAUUUUUGUAUAAAGAAAUAAUAUUUUGUGUUUUCUGCACUAUUUACAUUUAAAUGGGCUGUGCUACAACUAAUUAACUAGUAAAUAAUGAGCUUUUUAAAAUUAUGUGAUUUAUUGAGAAAUUAUAUUUUUAUAUAACACAUUUUAUAUUUCACUAAUGUAUCAACAAAUAACUGAUUAGUAGGUAAUUUAUCUUUUAAGUCACUUAAUAGGUCAAAUUAUUAAUGUUAAACAAAUGCAGUAGGCAUUUUUUUAGCUUACUGUAAAAAUGUAAGUUUAAGUUGUCCUAAGUUAAUAGUUAUAAUCAAUUGGCCAUUAUUAAAGAUAAUAUUUAAGGAGAUACUAGGGACUUGUGCUGUCUUAUUCUAUCACAUGUAAAAUAUAAUUUUUAUUCUAGUUUCAACAUAAAGCCGGGUUCACAUGGAGUCGUAAACUGGUCGAGAAUACUACUUGUUCUGCGCAUGUCUCACGACUGCUUGAUUUUUACGACCAAUAAUAUACGACCUCCAGUUCACACGAAUUAGUGUCUGAAAGGCGCGACCAGACACGAACCGCCGCUGACAUCUAGUUGUUCAUUGUAUGUUUUUUUUGUUUGUCUUCUGGGCUACUUCGCGAAUACCAAAACCAUCGAUACUCAUUUCAUCGCAUAUUUUUUUUAAGGCUCCAUCUCUUGCAUCUCUGUCUUUGUAUACUUCAGAAUUUAUUUUUGACAAACGUUCCACAUUGUGAUACAAUUCAACAAAUUGAAUUGUUUGUUUUGUAUUCAUUUUGUACAUUGACAUAGGAAAUGUUAUUAAUUAUUAUUGUAUAAAAAUAAAAUGUAUUAAUUUAUUUAAUUAAUAAACUAUAGUAAAUUGUAUUAUUUCACUUGGACAAAAAUUGAAACAAAUACUACGUGUUUAUACACUAGAAACUUCACAUUUGGUGGGUAUUUCAUGACUAAACUGGUCGUGUUUACUCCAACAUGCCGCAGUAAUUACUACCGAUCUAUUUUUGGUCAUUGACGACUCUUACUACCACGACUACCAGUUCACACCAGGUAGUGAUCAUGACUAUCUCUCCUAACAGUAGUAUUCUUGCCCAGUUUACGACUCCGUGUGAACCCGACUUAACAAUUAAUUUAGAAUAUAAUAAGGUUCUCUUCAAAUCUGGUUUAAAUAUAUAUCACAAAAUUUUUUUUGAGUUGUUUAGAUUAUAUUAGUAAUUUUUUUUAGUUGUUACGGUUUUUUUUGUUUGGGCGAAUACUGGGAAAAGUUAAGAACAUUUGGUUAACUAUUUCAAAAUAAAUUUUGCAAUAAAUUCAAUUUGGUUUUGUUAACAUAGCUUUUUGCAUCACAUAGUAAUUGCCAGAUGUAGGAUCUAGAAUAAAGCGUAACUAUAUAGUUUUAUGUGUGAUUAGACAGAAUUAAUUCUCCUUUUAGCGGAAUUCAUUUAACCUGUAUAAUUACUGUUAAAUAGUUACUAAAAUACGAUUUUAUAAUUUAAUUUAUUAUAGACAUUUUUUAUUUUUACAAUACAUUUUAAAGAAUUAAAUUAUAUAUUUGCACAAUUUUUAAAUGUGAUGACAAUGCUAAAUAAUAAUUUGAACUUUACGUUUCUAGUCAUCUGAUUAAUUUUGUUAAUUUAUAAUUAAUUUUUAUUAAGACUAAAUUUAGAGCAAUACAAGAUUUGGAGUUGCUUGGUUAUUAUUAUCUGUUGAAAAUUAAAUUAUUUAUUUGUUUUUAAGUUAUUUUAUUAUUUUAUUUUAUUUUAAAAAAUAUUUUAAACAUUAAAAUUUGUAUUGAUGAGCAUUUUUUUAGAGUAUGUAAACCAUCUUAAAUAGUAAAUACCAAUGUAAACUUCAUUAUUGCGCAAUAUAAAUAAAUAAGCUAAAUUGAUUGAAUAAUAAUUACAACUGUGUUAAAAUAAUAAUUUAUAAUUAUCUGUGCUACUUUUUAAAAUUAAUCUGAAAAUUGUUAAAUUAUAAGUGUUAUUACCCAAAUAUUUUUAUAUUAAAUUAAUUUUCAUAUGCAUAAAUUGAUGGAUUAUAAGUAAGGUUUUGCACUCAGAUUAAUCUAAAUAAUAAAGCAGAUUAAAAAAAUAAACAGCUGAAUUAACCAAAAAUAUAGUUGAGUUAAUUCAAAAAAGGUAAAUGUCUUUAAAAUUAAUUAUUAUAUCAAUUUGUAGGGUUGUAUUUUAUUUCAAUUUACAUGAUAGUUUGAAUGUUUAAAGUAUACAAAUUGUAAUCUUAAAAUUAUAUGAAAUAAUCACUAAUAAAUAAAGACAAGCAUUAUAUUGCAAACAAUAUUAUUAUAGUUCAUUAAUAUUGAUAACAGUAUAUAUUAUAUCCACAAUUCUAUUUAUUUGUUUUUCUCGACUCUUAAUGCUCGGGUAUAAUACAAUUUUGUAAUAUGAAAAAAAUAUCACACUCAUUAGAGUUUUGUUUAGGAAACUGAAAAGUUUAAUUCUAAGGCUGGUCUCUUCGGUUGAUAAAUUAACAUUUUAAAGUUUCUAAAUAAUCCUAAUUGAUGGUCUAUAAAGAUCCGAAUAUCUAUUUAAAGUCUGGACAUGUGUUUCAACUGAUUUUUAUUUUUAUUUAAUAUUAUUACACAAACACUUGCCUUAUUUUAGAUUCAGAGUAUAGGAGUAUUUUACGAGUUGUUUACAUAAUUUUUAUUCGGUAGGUACUCUAUAGAUACAAUUGUUAGACCAAACAGUAAUGCUUGAAAAUUUAACACAAAGUUCAUUAUAAAUUGAUAUUAAUGUUUUGUUUUUUUUUUUAGAAGCAUGGUUUGAAGUAGAAGACUUAAAAUCAAUUUAACAUGUUACAACAAUAUUAUAAUUAUACUUUGUACAUACAAUUAUACCGUGCCUAUAAUAAAUAUAUACCUAGGUAUGUAGUCGUUUAUCGACGAAGUAUAGGUAAGUAGUAGGAAUCUACCUAAGUCUAACUUAUAUUUAAUUGCCCUUCUUUAUUGGAUGUGUAUCUACUUAUGUGACUAUGUAUUGUAGGAACACAGCAACAUUUAAAAUAAAAUGAUGUAAGAAAAUAAAAACUUUUAAUUUGUCAUUUUUUUUAGUUUAAAUUAGUUCAAAUAUUUUGGUAUUUUUAAGCGCUUAUAAUAUUGAUUAAGUUUAUUGAAUAUUUACUUAUAAGGGCUUGGUUUGAUAACUUAGCUGUAUUUUAUUAUUUUUUGGUAAAUCCCUUCCGUAUUUGUACAAAUGAG